AUGCCUUCUGCCAGAGCACGUAACGGACGUCGAGGCAACGACUCAAAAAGUGCCAACCCAAAUCGUUCAACAGCGGGCUCUCGAGAUGGCACACCUGGCGCAGGCCAGAGCAAGAGAGGAGGGAAGACGGGUCCAGGUGUAAAUAGGUCGGCAGACACUGGUGCUCAAAAUGGGCCUGCUACACUAUCGGCACUUCCAUCCUCAGACGAACAUGUCCCGCUUGCAGGCUUCAAUCCAGAUGCCGUGGACGCCGCCCUCAAGCAAGGGUUUGAAUCCAAAGCACCUCUGUUCAAGCCGGAGGCUAAGCCGCAGACCACAAAGACUGAGAGUCCUUGGGGCGUGAAAGCGGGAGCAAUGACCAGUGGCAAAGACUUUUGGCUCGAUCUUCGCAAGCAAGUCUUCGCAUUGCAACAGUCCGGUGGCACCAGUCAGGGAGGCUGA